AUGGCUUUGCUAAUGGAGCACCAGUUCAGACAGCUGCCAGCUGACAGACAAGUGGAAACAAGACCGUUUCUGGAGGCUGUGUCAUACCUUCCACCGUUCUUUGACUGCCUUGGCUCUACUAUUUUUGCACCCAUAAAGGCUGAUAUAUCAGGAAAUAUCACAAAAAUCAAGGCAGUGUAUGAUACCAACCCAGGACGGUUCAAGACACUCCAGCAGAUUUUGGAGGCGGAGAAGGAAAUGCAUGGAGCAGAGUGGCCCAAGGCUGGAGCAACAUUGGCACUCAUGUGGCUGAAAAGGGGUCUACGAUUUAUCCAAGUCUUCCUUCAAAGCCUGGUGGAUGGUGAGAAGGAUGACAGCAACCCACACCUCAUUCGGGUCAAUGUCACCAAAGCGUAUGAAUUAGCCCUAAAGAAGUACCAUGGCUGGUUGGUGCAACAGCUUUUUAAGGCAGCUCUGUUCGCUGCCCCACAUAAGUCAGAUUUCCUGAAGGCUCUCUCCAAGGGCCGAGAUGUCAAGGAAGAGGAGUGCUUGGAGAAAAUCAGAAAAUUCUUAAUCAACUUCUCUGCCACCGUCGAUGCUAUUUAUGAGAUAUAUAAUAAGAUGAAUGCUGAUCUUGACUACACGGUCUGA